AUGGGAAAAUACAACGAUUACUUCCUUGUGGUUGAUAAUAUGCAGAUCUGUAGAACAUGUAAUUGGGCGGUACCAAAACUAAAAGACUGCAUAACUGCAUCAAUUCGGCAUCAUCUUCGAAGGAGACAUCCAGAGCUUUAUGCCCAGUUCAAGGACAAAGACGAACGAAUCAAAACUGAAAAAAGGAUAGCGGCCGAGCGAGCUAUAGCAAUCGAUCAAAGUCUACAGCGAACCUGCAAAUCUGAGCCGGAAUGUAGUCCUGGAUCAUCGUCACAAUCUCAACAAUCACAACCAUAUCACAAUGUUUGCAAUUAA